AUGUCCACAAUAAAGAAAACCUUACCUCGGUAAAAAUAAUAAAAAUGUGAAUUAUGUAACAAAAAUUUUUCUCUGUAAUUUCAUCAAUCUAAUUUAAGAUUACUGCAAUAACAUUUAUGUAAGAGAUGUUAACGAGCUGUUUGUUAUGAUUGUGGAAAAUUCAAAGGAUUAGUAUAAUUAUUUUUAUUUUGAGGUCAUUGAUUAUGAUCUUAAAUAAUAACAUAGAGUUUGUACCAUUUGUAAAGAAGAGUAAAACUACAUUUAAGAGUUGAUAUAAAAAGAGUAGUUAUCCUUUAAUUAAAACUCUUAUAUAACUAAAACUUGGUUGCAUUAUUUCUCAAUAGAUAAGUAUAUAAUGAGAUUAUUUAGAGCAAAAUAAUAAGUCAUAAAUGAUGAUUAUUAUGUUAGUUUAUUAGACAGCAAAAAAAUUUUACAAUAGAAAACUUCUGAGAAUCUUAAUCUAAUUUAAGCCUAUGUAAACCAAGUAUAAGACUCCUCAUUAAAUUAAGAUUCGUUCUUAAUAUAAUUAUUCGAUGUUAGAAUUCGAUUAUUAUUUGACUAAAGAUCUAUAAGACACUACUGUAUCUAUCUAUAUAUCUUCAGUUUUAUAAUGUUUAAUGUAUUAAAACCCCAGUAUUAAAUGCGACUAUGUAUUUUAUCCUAUAAAUAAAUUUUAGAAUUUAGUUUUGAUAACUUAUUUUUUGUUAUAUUUUCAUUCUUAACCUUUAGUUCACUUGUUUAUUAAUAUUUUAAGAGAUGAAUUUUCUUUGAAUAGAUUUUUAGGCAGUAAUGAAAAACUUUAAGAAACAGAAAUAGAUUUUUUAUAAGAAGUAGGAAAAAAGAAUUAUUUGAUUGAACCAACUGAUUUAUUGUAUUACAGAAAAUAUUUAGAAAAAUAUGCCUACAACAUGAUAUCUACUAUUUUUAUCAAUCAUUUAAAUGUAACAAAAUUAAUAUCAUAAGAUUCAAUGCAUAAUUUUCAUUUUUGAUCAUGUUUUGAAAUUUAAAGAUUAUUUUGAAUUAGAAAAAAUAACAUCAUUAUUAGGAGCUUUACAUUUAAAUGAUUUCAAGUUGAAGGGAUUAGAUGAUGUAUUUUUUAUGAAUUAAAUAAUAAAAAAUACGUAAAUUCAGGUUCUUAGAGAUUAUCUAAGUAAGGAAGAUAGAAUUAGAUAAAAGUAGUAAAGAGAAACCUACUCCAAAAGUGAAGAUAUAAUUUAUUCUAAUCUUUAAAAAAUUGAUUCUUAAAAUGAAACUUAAUAAAUACUAUAUCUAUUAGAUAAUUGUGUAUUAAAAUAACAACCCUUGAAUACAUACCAUAAGUAAAUAAUAUCAUCCUUAAAUUUAAAAUAAUAAUAAAUUAUUUAAGAUCUUAUUUAAUUGAAAGAAUAAAAAGUUAAAAACUAAGACAAUAGUUCUCUUGAUAAUCACACAGAAUCUUUAGCUUAAAAUAAGCUUAAAUUAUAAGAUGAAGUAAAAGUUACAAUCGAAGAUUCUAUUUGA